AUGGAUUUCACUACAGACUCGCCGGACUUCAUCGACAAUUUUGUCAACGAACUUAUGAGCUACGCACCCGUCGUGCUGCCCACACUCAUUAUUUAUGCCAUCGAAAGUUGCGCGUCCUUGAAGCUUUGGCAUGCUGUGAAGCAGCUCCCACACCAUGAGAAAGAGGUUGCGUCUGAUGAUUGCGAGCUGGGCGUCAGUACUGCGCGCCAGGCUGAAAUUGCUGCCACACGCGCUGCAGUCAAGAAAGAGGCACUACGCAUGCGGAUCGGUUAUGUCUGCAUCGCUCUGAUUCUGCUUGCAAUUUCAGGAUUUUUUGAGAAGUUUCUUGCUGACAAGGGUAUGCUGAACCGCUCUCGGGAUGGAGAUGACAAUGAUACCUAUGUUCCAGAAGACGUUGAUGAUUCUGGGCCUGAAUCGGAGUCUGGAUAUAUCAGGUAUUACAACUCAACUUUUGGCCAGAUUGAUUGGACGAUGUCCUAUUAUGCAGUAACACUGUUCCUGCCCGGGAUCUUUCUGCUUGCUAAGAUGCUGUAUCUGCUACUAGGGCUGAAAGACAGGGCUGUCCUACGGGACGCCGAAGGCUUUCUUUUCUGGAUUCCUGUCAGUUGUGAUACGCAGCGGAUUCGUCGUCCACGCUGGGUAACGGCCAAAGUCGUCCUGUCGUCAAUACUGCUAUCUAUUGGCGCUCUCUGGGUUCAUAACUCCAUUUGUUCCGCGGUUCUCUUUGCGUCGUUCAUUCAUUUCAUGACUUCCAAUUGUGUCCCUACCAAGAAGGCAGCUUACAGGGACACUUUAAUUAGUGGCUUCAUUAUGACCCUUCUGGCUUGUUACAUUGUUAUCUUUCACCAUCCGGAAGACUCAUGGCCCAUCCGCGUGUCACGCUUCACACCGCAUGUUGGCGGCACGAAUUGGUCUGGGCUGAUUCUUACGAUGUUUGUGACUACUGGACACUUCCAUCUCAUUGCGCUCUGUUAUCGCAUGGAUCAUGCAUUUGCGCGCCCGGAUGAAGUACUUGUAGGGCAACCAGAUAUCCAAAUCGCACUCCAUAACGCGGCAACGGUGCCGGGUACACGUCUUUCCUAUCCCUACUCACGCUUCGCAACGUCCUUGCAGCCAUACCCACGCUUUAAGAAGCCUUAUUUCCACACUGUGAUGUGGGGCUGGCUCACCUCGUAUGUCAUCGUGGCUGCACUCAAGGUUACGGGCUACAUUUACUGCCAGGCAGAGUCUGCAAGUUUUCUUGUUCUGAUCAUUGGACCACCAGUCAUGAAUGCCGUAGUUCUCCUGCGUGCUCUAGCACGUGGUGAGGUGAAGAAGCUGUGGCAGUACAGAGAAGACUGGGCGCGUAAUCCUGCCGAUGUGCAAGACGCGGUGCUAGAGGAGAGCAAGUAG